GCAGCGAAACCGUUCCGAACCCCGCGAGUCUGAGCAACGAUCCUUGUAAACGUCGCUGGCAGCGACGGUUGUUUGGCAAAGGCUUUGGAUAUCAAGAGUUUUCUUAUGACUUUUGAUUUAUUUUUUCGGUCUCGUUUCUCCCGGUAUCUAAUGACCAGGCGAUUACUACUAAUGGUUGUUUUGCACUUGUCUGUGCUUCUCCGUGUAUGUUUCCACUCGUUCGUACUUGUCUGUGCUUGUUGUCCCUGCUCGUCUGCGCCUGCCGCCACUAAUUGUCGUAUCUCCCUGCUUGUUUGUGUGUGCCGCGGGCCGCCGCAUAUUUAUGCUUGUCUACCACG